AGGCUCAAAAGCUCUGUAAGCCUCUCCCACCACCACCACCACUCAACCUUCUUCUCCACAAUCUCUGAUAAAAAUGGAGAAAUCUCUGCUAAAUCUAAAGAAGCCCAUUAAAGCAAACCCCAUAGAGAAACCUCAUAGCAAGUCAAAUAGAUUCUCUAUCUCAGCCUUUCUCUUCUUCAUCUUCUUCUGUUUCUCUAUGCUCCAUUUCCAUCCUUCUCCUUCUAAACUCUUCCACAACACCAAAUUCUGGUUCUUCCUUUCCAACGCUCUGAUUCUUAUCAUUGCCACUGAUUCCGGUGCCUUCUCUUCUUCCAAACACAAAGAUGAUACUUACGAGGAGUACUUGAUGAACAACAGAGCAAGGAUUAAUGUUUCAUCAAAUAGCAAGCCAACUACUGCAACAUCAUUCAUCAAGGAGCUGCCGCCGCCGCCGCCGCCGCAGCCGGAAAAGUCACUGGUUAUUGAUACCGAGAGUAAAAAAUUACCUGAAAGUAUGCCAGAAGAUGUCUCUUACAAGAGUGGCAAUUUUGAAAGUUUAGAAGAUAAUAAAGCUGAAACAAGGAGAGAACAGGAAACCCAUGUUGAAGAUGAUGGUUGUGAAACAAAGGAAAUUCGGCGAAGCAAAUCGGAGGAAUGGAUCUCUGUUACUGGUAAUGAGAACAAGAAGAGCUUAAGCAGGUCGGUAACAGAAGGGCAUGAGCAGAGUUCUGAAGAGAAGGAAUUAUGGGCCAUGUCUGAUGAAGAGCUAAACAGAAGAGUUGAGGAGUUCAUCAGGUUUAAUAGGCAGAUGAGACUUCAGGAAACUAGGAGGCUUGUGUUGGUUGGAGACAAUUAAUUAGACAAAAUGAAGCUUCCAGUGGAAAAAAA